AGAAAGAAGAAGACAGGUAUCUCCGCGUGCUACCACAGAGAACGCGCCGCGUUCCUGCGUGGGCACGCUCAAAUGUUCCAUCGCUGAGGAACAGCGGUCGUGUCGCGCUGCCUGCAUCCCAAGUUCGGGCAGGCGUCCGGCACUUCGCCUUGGUUCCUCGACUCGCCGGUGGCGGUGCUUCGGAGCGCGCCUGCAACGCGUCGUGUGCUUGAAGAACAGUCUUUGGAGUUGGAGAACCGGUGCCUGCAAACUAGAAAACAUGGUGUCUUUACUGCAGACCAUCGACACCGCGCACGAGGACAUGAUUCACGACGCCCAGAUGGACUACUACGGCAUCCGACUGGCGACCUGUUCGUCUGACCGCUCUGUCAAGGUCUUCGACAUCCGCAACGGGACUCAGAAGCUGGUUGCUGACCUGAAGGGCCACGAGGGGCCCGUGUGGCAAAUAGCCUGGGCGCACCCGAUGUUCGGAACGGUGCUCGCUUCCUGCUCGUACGACCGGAAGGUGAUCCUGUGGAAGGAGACGGACGGCGUCUGGUCCAAGUUGGAGGAGUUCAAGAACCACGACUCUUCGGUGAACUCCAUCUGCUGGGCUCCCCACGAGUUUGGCUUGAUGCUAGCUUGUGGCAGCUCGGACGGUGCCGUAUCCAUCGUGAGCACGUCGGGAGACGGCUCCUGGGAAAGCCAAAAAAUCAACAAUGCUCACACGAUUGGUUGCAAUGCCGUCAGCUGGGCCCCUGCCCAGGCCAAAGCGUCGGCUGAAAUUUCCCUGGAGGACUCCAAGGCCCUGAAGCGGUUUGUCACUGGUGGCUGUGAUAACCUGGUGAAAAUUUGGAAGUUCUCGGAGGCCGAGUCCAAAUGGGUGGAAGAGCACAAGCUGGAGGCUCACUCCGACUGGGUUCGCGACGUUGCUUGGGCCCCGUCACCUGGUCUUGAGUCCCAGAGCACAAUUGCCUCCUGCUCCCAGGACCGACGCGUCAUCCUCUGGACAAGCACUGACCUGGCCACGUGGAACUUCCAGAUUCUUGCGACCUUUGAUGAUGUCAUCUGGCAUGUGUCCUGGUCUGUGACGGGAAACAUCCUGGCCGUCUCUGGAGGGGACAACAAGGUGACGCUGUGGAAGGAGACAGUGGACAGCAAAUGGGUCUGCAUCAGUGAUGAUGCCAAGAGUCAAAAUGCCCCUGCAGCUGCUGUGGGAAGUGCUGAGAGGAACCUCUAAGCUUGGAAAACAUUGGAUUGUACAGGCAUCGUUGUUUGAGAAAAAUUUUCUUGUUCAUAAUAAUAAAUUUCUGGACUUGAGGUUACCUGUGGCCUCAAAUGUUA